UCACCAGACAGCAUACAAACAAAGUUACAAUGUAACGAUUCGUUUUUAAGUCUUACUGGAAGGGAAGUAUAUUGUGUUGAUAGUACUUUGUCUUCAUAUACGAUACACAUCGUUAGUAACUCGGCACAUUGGCAUUUGAAAGAUAAAAAAUGAAGUUGAGCUACUGCAUUGUUUAUGAUCAGGAUUCAUUUAACAGUCUAAAUUAGAAAAAGAACGAAUCUUGUCUAUUUAGGGCCUAUACGAACCCAUAGGCCUAUGUUUUUCGACAACGAUCUGACUUGAAUGCAUUACUUAAUACAGACAACUGCCAGACAUAGCUAUUGUCAUAGUAAUGUGCACAGGUAGAGUGAGGCCUUCCAUGGUUCAUUUGACAUUUGUUGUCUUCUGGUAUUUUUGACUCCUCGACGGGUCCAAUGCAAAAUGUAUAGACUAAUGCAUAGUUAGGCAAUAGGUAAACAAUCACUGUUUAUAUUACAUGAGAUGUGCUCAUAUGUAGCCUAUUAGUCGAUGGAGAAACUGCUAAUAAGUGUCAAAGUGGCCUAUCAAAGAAAGACACUGGGGAAAAAAAGUUACUGUUUUGUUUCAGCUGUCUAUAGAAUUUCUGUAACCUACUAAGCAGUUGCGGUGUUCACAGGAGGGAUUGGAGGGGAGGGCAAACGAGUGGCUGGGCAGAUAAGAGUUCGAUUUGCUUGGUGCAUUUUUCUUAAAGGGUAGGUUAUUUAAUUUACAUUAGUUCGAGAAACAAUGAAAUCCACCGUCUGAGCUACCGAAUAAACGGUACUAUGAUAGUUUUGGAAGGGAGUUCGCAAAACGAGCGCCUACACGUUGCAGUGCUUUCAACACCGAUUUUGUUAUCCCCCUGAUCGAGUCGGGUAAACCACCGUCCGAGAUGGGGAAGGAGGUUAAUGGUGUUUCGCGGAGCAGGUUUGAGAUGUUCUCAAACAGUGACGAGGCUGUCAUUAACAAGAAGCUUCCCAAAGAGCUGUUACUACGAAUCUUCUCCUUUCUAGAUGUGGUGACACUCUGUCGCUGUGCCCAGGUGUCACGGUCUUGGAAUGUCCUCGCUCUGGACGGCAGCAACUGGCAACGAAUCGACCUCUUCGACUUUCAGAGAGAUAUUGAGGGUCGUGUGGUGGAGAACAUCUCCAAGAGAUGCGGGGGCUUCCUGAGGAAGCUGAGCCUGAGGGGGUGUCUAGGGGUGGGGGACAGUGCUCUGAGAACCUUCUCUCAGAACUGCAGGAAUAUUGAGCUGCUUAGUCUCAAUGGCUGCACCAAGAUCACAGACAGUACAUGUAACAGCCUCAGUAAAUUCUGUCCCAAGCUCAAGCACCUGGACCUAGCAUCCUGUACCUCAAUCACCAACCUGUCACUCAAAGCCCUCAGUGAGGGCUGCCCCCUAUUGGAGCAGCUUAACAUCUCCUGGUGUGACCAGGUGACCAAGGAUGGCAUCCAAGCCCUGGUACGAUGCUGUCCCGGACUCAAAGGACUGUUCCUGAAAGGCUGCACACAGUUGGAAGACGAGGCGCUGAAGCACAUUGGAGCACACUGUCCAGAGUUGGUCACUCUCAACCUGCAGACGUGUUCACAGAUCACAGACGAGGGCCUCAUCACUAUUUGCCGGGGUUGUCACCGCUUGCAGUCCCUCUGUGUGUCUGGCUGUGCCAACAUCACCGACGCCAUACUGCACGCUCUGGGACAGAACUGUCCCCGCCUCAGAAUAUUAGAAGUGGCUCGCUGUUCUCAGCUCACAGAUGUGGGCUUCACUACAUUAGCUAGGAACUGUCAUGAGCUGGAAAAGAUGGACCUGGAGGAGUGUGUGCAGAUCACAGACGGCACUCUCAUCCAGCUGUCCAUCCAUUGUCCUCGCCUUCAAGUCCUGAGCCUGUCUCACUGUGAGCUGAUCACCGACGACGGCAUCAGACACCUGGGCAGCGGCCCCUGCGCCCACGACCGCCUGGAGGUGAUCGAGCUGGACAACUGCCCCCUGAUCACCGACGCCUCGCUGGAGCACCUGAAGAGCUGCCACAGCCUGGACCGGAUCGAGCUGUACGACUGUCAGCAGAUUACCCGUGCUGGCAUCAAGAGGCUGAGGACCCAUCUGCCUAACAUCAAAGUGCACGCGUACUUCGCCCCCGUCACCCCGCCCCCCUCGGUCGGGGGAAGUCGCCAGAGGUUUUGUCGAUGCUGUAUCCUGCUAUGAUGUAGAAACAGCGACCCCCCCCACUCCCCCUGGUCAGCCCAACGCCUGACCAGUCCACCCCCCCCCCCCCACCCCCGACCUGCUGCCCGGCCCCCGGCCCUCAGUCCCCUGUUAUACAUGCUGGUGUCCCCCUUCUCCGGAGCUGGAGAGAGAGGGAGAGAGACAAACAGGACCACAGGCUCUGGGAGAACCUUUCCAAUGACCCACUGUCAACAGCCUUACACACAGACAUGUACACACACACACACCCGCAAACUAACAUGAGUACAUUCCCUGCUGUCCCCCCCCCCCCCCCCCCCCCCCGCCUAAGUUUAAAAAACAAACCAGUAUUACAAAUAGAGGGGAUUACACAAUAGAUCUGAUUCUUACCACUGCUGUUCAGAGAUUAGCAUUGUGAUACACUGUUAGAAGUACCAUGAUCCAAAAUCUCAGUUGAUAAAAGGUUGAUUCAAAAUACUUAAAGAUGACCAUGACAGACAAUUUGCUUGGAAACAACAUCAGUGUACAUGUAGCCACCACAACGAAUUUUGAAGAGGUUGAAAUGCCCCUUAGACCGAUAAGGUGACUGACAAGCUACCUCUACUCAAAACUGCGCUCGAUCGUGAGAGGUUGUUUGUGAGGUCUAAUCUUCAAGCUGACCUCAGAUGAUGGAGUAAUUUGUUCCUAGAUGACAGUUCUGGUGUCAUUCACAGCCACAAACUGCCUACUACUCCCUUUUCACACAUGCACACGGAUGCAGGCACACUAAAUGAUGACUGCUACUAAAAUAUAAUACUGGCCUGUUAAGGGAUAUGAGUGUUGGUAUCAUCCUUUGCACUGACUGCAGAUAUAAUGAUGGCACUUUACAAGAUGAGUUUAAACUACUCCAUAUAGUUUACUGCCACCUGAAAACCUCCAAAACACACUUGCACACAAACACGCAUACACACCUAAUUCAAUACUCUCAUGCCCUCCCCUCUCUUUCUGUUACAAUCAGAUGCUUCAUUGUACCUAAAAAAAAAAAAAAUAGUGGAAAAAAAUAGAGAAAAGUUUGAUAUUUUUCUAAAAUGGACACCAAUUGAGACUUAAUAAUGGGGACUUGAGAAGAUGCCAAAUGUUGCAUGUCACAAUUCUAGUUUUUUAAAUCAAAAUGUGUAUAUAUAUGUGUACGUACUGUGGGAAUCUAAACGCUGAUGUCGGCACAACCAGACCACAGAAGACUGAAGAGAUGAAUGGCUGUGGGUCUCACAACACAAAGCAC